UUCAGACAUAUAAAACGAGGCGAGGGGUGAGACUAUUCAAAGAGACGCAAGACCGCGCAAAGGAACUUAAAAAAAAACAAACCAAGCACCUGGUCACUUUGGGAGGUUUGACUGGAGGUGUUUCAGGACCCCGAUCAGCGCGCGGAUCACAUCUCUAUAGCACAUGUGUAAAGCAAUGCUCGUGAGGAACGGCUCUCAGCUUUUGCUCUUCAUAACUCUCUCCAGUGUUUUAUACGCCCGGACCUUAAGUUUACCCUUCGCCUCAAUGAGAGAUACCAGACACGCAGACGGGCUCUUCACAAGCGGAUACAGUAAACUUCUAGGACAGUUAUCUGCCAGACGGUACCUGGAGUCAUUGAUCGGAAAGCGGGUCAGCGAUGAUCUGAUGGAAGACCAGGCGCCGAUGAAGCGUCAUUCAGACGCAAUAUUCACAGACAACUACAGCCGCUUUCGCAAGCAGAUGGCGGUGAAGAAAUAUCUCAACUCGGUUCUCACAGGAAAGAGAAGUCAAGAAGACCCUCCCAGCAUGCAGGAGGAGUCGGCCGGAGGGGAGACCACGUAUCGGGAGAGCUACGAUGACGUCACCGUAGACCGACUUCUCAAUCAUAUACCACUGCCCCUCUGAGGUCGGCCCGGAAGGCAAGAAAUCUACUCUCCGAGACCAUCAUAGGUUUUCCAUUUACACCGUCUAGUAUAGGACAUCAGCAGCAUACUACUAAAAACAAGAAAAAUGUGGUUACCUAUGGCGUAAAUGUUUGCACUGUACAUAGAAAAUAAACUUGGAUGAGAGAUGUCAGCCUGAAGAUGUACAUAGUGUGCUUUGGCCUCGGAAACCCGGUUUGCUUUGACAUGUUUCCUGUAAAUUGUAGAUCAAUAAAUGCAUUGAAACAAGC